ACAUCGAACCAGAACUAUAGCUAACAAAUUAGUUUAAUUAAUUUCCCUCAAUUUAAACCUUUUAAGUGUCUUUCAGUGUUAAAUAGACAUCGAUUGCUUCUAACAGGACACCUGCAAUAUAAAGAAUAAAGACUUUAUUGCUACCCUCUGUGUAUGAAGGGAAACUGUUUAAAGUCAGAUCUACGCUUCCAUAACUUUGACCGAUCCGCAGACCUCCGUAGGUACUCCAAGCUUUGUAAAACUGGAGCUUGGAUAAAUAUUUUUUGGUUAUUCCUUAUCACUGAUUUAUCUACUACUUUUAUCAUGAAUGAUCAAAGUGCAGAUGUAAUGGAAACACGGUAUGAAACAACAGUUUCCGAAGAAGAUAUCAUUAAAGUCAGCGACAGCCAUGGAAACGUUAUGGAAUUUUUGGAAUGUGGCGGACAAUGCAUCAGUGCUAGAGGGGUAAAACUGGGAAGGUUUCCCAACCCCAAAACCAAUUUCCCGAGAUUGAAAGAGAUGGAUAUCAAACCAGAAGACUGUUUUCUGUGUGCUUAUCCAAAAGCAGGAACACAUUGGACUUGGGAAAUCAUGAGUAUGAUUAUUCAGCAAAGCGCAGAAUACCAUCCACUGAAGAAGGAAACCCACAUGAUAGAAUUCAACACCCCGGAAGUGCUGGAGUCCGUGACGUCACCACGAGUGUUUAACACCCACCUACGACCAAAUAAUAUGCCUCAGCAAUUUUUUCAGAAACGCUGCAAGACAGUUUUUGUUCAACGCAAUCCCAAAGACGUAGCAGUGUCGUUUUAUUAUCAUUGUAUCCAAACGACAAAAUUUCCCGGCACUUUCAUUCAGUUUAUGGACUUUCUCAUGGAAAAACACGGGCCAAUGUAUCACUGUGCAUGGCCUCUCUAUACAUUAGAAUGGGAAAAGUACUUUAAAGAACAUCCGGACCACCCUGUACAUUUCAUCAUGUAUGAAGAUUUGCAACAGGAUCCAGUCAGUGAAAUAAAGCGUUUGAGUUCCUUUUUGGAAAAAACAUGUGAUGAUCAACUAGCCAAUCAGAUCGCUGAAAAAUGUUCUUUUCAAAACUUAAAGACUGCGUCCGCCACAAUCAAAGGGGGAAACAGCAACUCGCAUGGGAUGACAAUGUAUAGAAAAGGGAAAGUGGGAGACUGGAAAAACCACUUUACUGUUGCCCUGAACGAAGAGUUUGACCAAUAUCUAAAACAACAUAAGAUAGAUUCUGUAUAUAGAUAUGAAAUUUAUGACACAACGGUGUCCGAGGAGGACGUCACCAAAGUCGCAGACGAUCAUGGAAACGUAAUGGAGUUGAUAGAAUCUGGAGGACUGUGCCUUAAUGCAAAGAGUGUUCAAAAGGGGAAGUAUCCAAACCCAAAGACCAAUUUUCCAAGACUUAAAGAAAUGAACGUCAGUUCGGACGACUUUUUCUUGUGUGCUUAUCCUAAGGCAGGUACUCACUGGACAUGGGAAAUUAUGAAUAUGCUUCUACAACAAAAUGCCGAAUACCACCUUAAAGAAAAGGAAAGCUACAUGCUGGAAUUCCACACUCCGGAAGUGCUAGAGUGCAUUGCCUCACCUCGGGUGUUUAACACACAUUUUUGCCCCAGUAGUCUUCCAAAACAAAUGUUACAGAAACGUUGUAAGGUUGUUUUUGUCCAGCGCAAUCCAAAAGACGUGGCAGUGUCGUUUUACCAUCAUACCGUUGAGAAAAUUGACUUCCAUGGUACCUUCAAGCAGUAUAUGGAUUUUUUCAUGGAGAAACACGGAGCAAUGUAUUUCUGCGCCUGGACAAUCUAUACAUUAGCCUGGGAAAAGUACAUUAAUGAACAUCCCGACCAUCCAGUCCAUUGCAUUAUGUACGAAGAUCUUCAACAGGAUCCAAUUAGUGAAAUAAAGCGUUUGGCGUUGUUUAUGGAUAAACCAUGUGACGAUAAACUUGCCAGUGUAAUUGCUGAAAAAUGUUCCUUUCAAAAUCUAAAGACAGCGGCAGCCAGCGUAAAAGAAGACACAAUGGGUGUGUCUUUAUACAGAAAAGGCAAGGUGGGAGACUGGAGGAAUUAUUUUACUGUUGCAUUGAACGAGAAGUUUGACAAAUAUCUACAGCAGCACAAAACAGAUUCAGUAUAUAAAUAUGAAAUUUGAUAUUGAUUUUUUGUUCAUUGUUUUAUCGUUGUAAUUGUGAUAGUAUUAAAAAUUAAUUUAGGU